AUGACCUAUAACAUUGCUAUGGUCAGUGACUUCUUUUUCCCCCAGUCAGGGGGAAUUGAGAGUCACAUUUAUCAGUUGUCCUCUAAACUGAUUGACCGUGGACACAAAGUUAUCAUCAUCACACAUGCAUACAAGGGUCGAACCGGCGUCCGCUACCUUACGAAUGGACUCAAGAUCUACCACGUUCCCUUCUUCGUCAUCUACCGCGAGACCACAUUUCCGACAGUCUUCUCCUUCUUUCCUAUAUUCCGCAAUAUUGUCAUUCGCGAACAAAUCGAGAUCGUUCAUGGCCACGCCAGUCUUAGUAGCUUCUGCGGAGAGGCCAUACUCCACGCGCGUACAAUGGGCCUGCGAACUGUCUUUACCGAUCACUCUCUCUUCGGGUUCGCGGAUGCGGCCUCUAUCCUCACUAAUAAGCUUUUGAAGUUCACAUUGAGUGACGUUGAUCAUGCGAUCUGCGUAAGCCAUACUUGCAAAGAGAAUACUGUUCUUCGUGCCUCAUUAGAUCCCUUGAUGGUCUCAGUUAUUCCCAAUGCCGUGGUUGCGGAGAAUUUCUGUCCUCUCUCAUAUGCUCCCCGAGCCCCGGAUCACGUCCCAAUUUCACCAGCUGAUCCACGACCCUCGCCCACACCAAUUGGACCUGAUGACACGAUCACCAUUGUCGUCAUCUCCCGAUUAUUCUACAAUAAGGGCACUGAUCUACUAAUUGCCGCAAUUCCCCGAAUUCUCGCUCUCAAUCCCAAUACCCGUUUCAUCAUUGCCGGCUCGGGCCCCAAAGCUAUCGACCUGGAACAAAUGCUGGAGCGAAAUGUACUACAGGACAAGGUGGAGAUGCUUGGCUCAGUUCGACAUGAAGAAGUGCGGGAUGUGAUGGUCCGAGGUCACAUUUAUCUGCAUCCCAGUUUGACAGAAGCCUUUGGCACUGUCAUUGUUGAAGCAGCCAGUUGUGGCUUGUAUGUGGUCUGCACUCGGGUUGGUGGUAUUCCCGAAGUGCUUCCACAACAUAUGACCACCUUUGCGAAGCCAGAAGAAGACGACUUGGUUGUGGCCACUAGCAAGGCGAUUGCAGCACUCCGUUCGAAUAAAGUACGGACGGAUCGAUUCCAUGACCAAGUCAAAAUGAUGUAUUCGUGGCGAGACGUCGCUGAACGUACCGAGAGAGUAUAUCAAGGAAUCACUGGUGAUAUUCCUCCGGAAGAAUUCUAUGGCUACUAUCCAGGUCAAGGUUGGGAGGCCAGUGGAGAUCGAGUGCGAAGUUUCGCUCUCAUUGACCGACUCAAACGAUAUUACGGCUGUGGAGUUUGGGCCGGCAAACUGUUUUGUCUCUGCGUUGUGAUUGAUUUCCUUAUUUAUGUCUUUCUUGAGAUGUGGUUUCCUCGAGCUAAUAUUGACAUCGCCAGAAGUUGGCCAAAGAAACAGCUGGAGGAAAAGCCUCGGCCAUCGACGAAUGCUCGAUAUCGCUAA